AUGCAAUCUGAUACACUGGUGGAACGAGGCGCGGCGGCAGUCGACGAACGGAAAGACCUGGCGCAAGGGCUGGCCUCGUCACCAAAGCAAUGGGAAUCGUUGUUCAGGCGUCUUAAGCAGUUCACAGAGCUUGUCGACAAGAUUGCCGAGACCAUCAUCGGGCAGGUCAAACUCGACCAAUCCAUCCGCGACCUCCUCGACACCCUCGAGAACGUAUACGACUUUAUGGAUCAGGCUCAGCCUCUGGACAGCGUCAAAUCAGCGGCGAAGCUGCUCACGGCACUCGCUCAGCAGACGACCGAAUGCGGCUGGUUCAUACACGACUAUGCGAAAAACAAGGAUUUCUUACCACGAAUGGCGUCGAAUGCCUUGAAGAAACUCGUCCAUCCAACCCAAGCGGCGCCAGCGAUGGUGAAGGAAUACCAAGCCAAGUUCGCGGAACUAAAGUCGCAGCUGCUGGAAGGAUCCACGAUACGGACAGCCAUCGCCAUAGCGAACGUCGAUCUUGUCGUUCACAGGGUCUUGAACACCGUCGAAGAGAUCGCCGUGGACGUCAAGAUGCAGCGGUUGGAAGACGCCUGUGCCAGAGGUUCUCGGUUCAACAGAGAUAAGAGAUGCAUUCCAGGGACCCGUCAGACAAUUCUUCAGAUCAUAGCCGACUGGAUCAACGAUCCGCUUGACGCUCGUCGCGUGUUUCUGCUCUAUGGGCCGGCGGGGUCGGCUAUAUUCUACGACAUGCUUCGCUUGGGGUCUUCGUAUUGCUUUGACAGGUCCAACGUCGAGCUUACUCGUGCUAUCCCCUUUUUCGCCACCAUCGCCCGCGACCUAUCCGAACGUGAGCCUCAGAUUCGAAUUCAACUUUCGCGGGUCAUCGCCCGGGACUCCGCCCUUGCCACAUCGAACGAUCUUCGCGAGCAGUUUCGGCGCUUCAUCGUAGAGCCUGCGUCACAGCUCGCGAUCUCUGGGCCGAUUGUCAUCGUCAUCGACGCUCUUGACGAAUGUGACUCGUACGCACGCAGCAGACUCUUAUCAAUUUUGCAGAGUCAGGAAGCGGAGGAUGCGCUCCCGCGCAACGUUCGCAUCCUCAUCACCUGUAGGCCAGAGCCCGACAUCAUGGACGUGAUUCGGGACGCGCCUCUUGUUCAUGCUCGAUCCAUGAAUUACGUACUGGGGACGGCCGCUAACGAGGACGACAUACAGCUGUAUGUCCGUGGACAACUGUCGUCCCUCUCGAAAGUGCAUGAUGUCGAUACCAUAUGCGCCGAUCUCGUCCGCGCCGCCGAGGGACUCUUUCAGUGGGCUGCGACAGCAUGUCGCUUCCUGACCGCAAAAACUCCCCCAUUGACCAUCAAACAACGGAUGGCACUUGUUCUACCAUCCGAUGGCAAACGCACCGCUAAUGGCCAACUUGAUACGCUGUACUUAGAAGUCCUUCGGACCACCUUCUCUUCCACGCACCCCGAGGUCAUGGAGAAUUUCCAUCGGGUGAUGAGUCUCCUCAUGACGGCGGUCGAACCGCUGUCCAUCUCGGCAUUGCAGGAUAUCGUUAAUGGACAGGCAAACCUGGAUCCAGAUAUGAUUCAAGGGGUACUCGCGGGAAUGGGAUCGCUCCUAUCUGGAACCGAUCGCUUGGACGUCGUCGUGCGCCCUCUGCAUACGUCGUUUCGAGACUUCAUUCUAGAUCCCAAACGCAGCCACGAAUUUGUCGUCAAGCCAGGGAAAGAGGAGCAUCUACAAUUCGCGCGGGGGACCCUACGUCUUCUGUUGAGCGAGCAGUUGCACAUCAACAUGUGCGGACUCGAGACGUCCUAUGAUCUCAACACGGAAUACCAUGACUUAGAGGAGCGUGUACGCACGAACAUCCCGUUGAGUUUGGUCUAUUCCACGCGCUACUGGGCCGAUCAUCUCAAAGAGACUGCGUACGGCUCUGGCCUGCUGCAAAUGGCGGAACAACUGCUGAAAGUCAAGUUCCUGUUCUGGCUCGAGCUCCUGAGUCUUCUAGGAUCUGUUUCCACCUGCGCGUCGGCACUCCUGAAGCUCAAACAGUGGACACCUCGGGCAGGUCUUUUCAUUGGUUACAUCUAUCGCGUGCGGCUCACAUACGUAUUCUGCCCUUAG